UCCGCGAACAAUUUUCAUUCCCGCUCCCCACGAACGAGAAUCGCCUCGCGACAAAAGCUAAGCGCUCAGAAAGCUGCAAAUGCUCGCUCACAGAAUUCGCGGUGAGAGACUGAGGAUCUCGCUUUUCCAUGGCUACUAAUUCUCAGUUUCCCUCGUUCUUCUCUCUCUCUUCUCCCAAUUUUUCUUUCCUGGAUCAACUGCAAACGCGGAAUCACCACACCAAGCUGCUUCACUGCUUCGGCUUCCAUCAGCACCGUCCUUCGAGAAGAGAGUACUCCGUUUGUGCUUGUUCUAUCAGGAAUUUCAGAGCUAGUAGAAGGACGAAGAGUAAUGAGGAACUCUGCAAUGACAUUCGCGAGUUCAUUGAAUCGGUCGGACUUCCGAAGGAUCACGUACCUUCCACAAAGGACCUAUUGCAGCACGGAAGGAUUGACCUGGCGAAUAUCGUCAGACGAAGGGGCCACAAACUUAUACGAGAGCUUCUUGUUACCAACUCAACCAAUACAGUUCAAUCUGAUUGUGACUUAGAGAACGUUUUCCUGACAGAAGGCCAGGAUGGCGAGGUGAAAGAUGUAGUUGAAGACCUUUCUUCACCAAACAAAGUUCCGGUCUUGGAAAAUCUUUCUCCCAGUUCAAAUACCAACCACGCUUUUAGUUCCAAUGAAUAUAUUUUGGCUCCUACAAGUACAGCCGAUUUAUCAGUGGUGGAAGAGCUGCCAAAUGAUCAAAUAUGCCAUGACGAAUACAACAAAUCUCAUAGUGAAAAUAAUGAGAACAUGGAGAAAGUUGAAGAUGAUACAUCCUUGAAAACUGAAGUCACCGUUUCAGUAGAUUCUUUUAGUAGUUCAAAUAUUUGUUCAGAUGUUACGAGUAAUGACUUCACUGGAGAGCAAACUGAAUUUACAAAGAAUUUAUCAGUGGAAAAUCCUGAAAAUUCACUGGAAUGUCGAAUGGAGGUAAUAGACAAUAUGGUUGAUGAAUCUUCCCAGUCACCCAAAGUCCUUUCUGGUGAGAAUUAUAUGAUAAAUUCCACUGUUGAUGGAUAUCUCGACAUUCAUGACCAUGAUGACAAACCUCUGCUAUUGACAACUGGUUCCUCCUCAAAGGAAGAGGCAUCGUAUUGUUCGAAUGAACAGCUAGAUAAAGUAGAUAACAAUGUUGAUGACUUCUCCUUAUCGCCAGAAAUGACUGUCAUGGAUGACCAAUCUAGUGAUUUAAAUAUUGAUAAAGGUCUUGAACAUGAAGAGUCUAAUUACAAGUUGAUAAAAUAUUCAGAGGAGUUAUCCCUAGCAGAGAAGGUGGCUAGAUUUAUUCAAAAUGGAGAUCUGGAAAUGAUAGAUGAUAAUUUCGAUGCCACAUUAAGCGAGAUCGGAGCUGGAGAAGGCAAUGGAUCCCUUACAGCCAUCAAUGCAGAAGAAUCUGAAAUAAACUCCCAUGUUGAGGCAUCCUCAGAAGAAACCACAAAUAGAGGUUCUGUGAUGGCAUCAAAUGGGAGUGCAUCAGAAUUUGAGCAUGUUAUAUCUUCCACAACUGUUGGUCAAUUAAUUAGGGACGAUCAACCUUCAACUGAAGCUUCAAAUGAUCAAAUUGACAAGGUCUUGGGCGCUGAGAUAAAAAUAAAUGAGAAUCAAGUUGACAUUGAUCGUCUCAAAUUUAUGUUGCAUCAGAAGGAGCUGGAACUUUCUCAGUUGAAGGAACAGAUUGAGAGGGACAAGCUUGCUUUGUCUGCUUUGCAAAGCAAGGCUGAAGCAGAGAUCAGCAAGGCCCAAAAACUCAUUUUAGAAAAAGAUACGGAGUUAGUUGCUGCUGAAGAGAGUCUUUCUGGAUUGGAGGAGGUUCACAUCCAUUACGGUGGGGAAGGAGAAAUUGUUGAGGUAGCCGGUAGCUUCAAUGGUUGGCACCAUAGGAUUAAGAUGGAUCCACAACCAUCGUUCAAUGUCUUGGACUCCAUUAAUUCAAAGAAACCCAGGCUUUGGUCAACAGUGUUGUGGCUUUAUCCUGGAGUUUAUGAGAUAAAAUUUGUUGUCGAUGGACAAUGGAAGAUUGAUCCUCACAGAGAGUCGGCGAUCAAGGGAGCAAUAAGUAACAACAUCCUCCGGGUUGGCAGAUGAUACUAUGAUGGAAAAUGACAUCAAGUAAUUGGCGCCUUAGUUGCAGGCACAAGAACGAACUUCCACAAAGUCGUGCACGGUCGACAGUAACGAGCCUACCUGCUAACACAUGGGGCACAUGAACCCUGUUUCUUCUGGGGGGCUAUUUCUACUUGUCGGACGAAUUGAAAGAUAAAAGGGUUCACUUGUAAUGUAAUCAUGUAUGUGCUUGUGUAUAGCAGCUACUUUUUAAUACAUUGCUUGGUUUGUUAUGCC